GUGUGUGUGCGCGCAUGUAAAACAAAAACAAAAAAAAAAAAAAGAAAAUGUGAAACUUCCUGAAAUAAACGCGAAACUCUCCGAAUCUCUAAAAGUGAGCGAGCUGGACUAGCUUAGAGCGAACGCGAGAGAGAGAGAGAGAGAAAAAAAAGAGAGUGACACAACCCCGAUUCUGCAUAGAGCGACGGGCGAGGGAAGGCCAAGGAGCAUCGCCGUGAUUUCGGAAUUUCUAACGGAUAAAAAUAUACAAGGAGGAAUGGCCCGUAACAAUGGGCCCGGCCUUUACGAAUUCCUUAUGGAAGCUGAAUUGCAACAAUAUUAUGCCGGUAUUCGAGGUGACUUGAAGGUGCAGACGACGGCGCAAUUGAAAUAUGUGACCGAAGAAGAUCUGAAUGCGAUAGGAAUGAGCAAGCCGGAGAUGCGCCGGUUGAAGAAAUACUUUCAGAAACACUUUCCGCAGAAUUAUCUCUCCAAAUUCAAGAGAAUGUUGCUGCCGAAACGCGAGGAACAGACGCCCGGCGUGUUGGACAUGUUGCCGGAAGAGAGACAGGACCGACCGCCGGUUCGCGUUCCCAAUAAGCACAUGAUCCCUGCCGACGCAAUUAUUGUCAAUAAGGAAUUGGGAACCGGCGAGUUUGGAGUAGUGCAACAAGGAGUGUGGACGAACGACGGGGAAAGGAUACAGGUGGCAAUCAAGUGUUUGUCGCGCGAGAGAAUGCAGAACAACCCCAUUGAAUUUUUGAAAGAGGCCGCGAUAAUGCACGCGAUCGAUCACGAGCACAUUGUGCGGCUGUACGGCGUCGUGCUUGACACGAAUUCAUUGAUGCUCGUAACGGAGUUAGCACCGCUGCGAUCGUUGCUUGAAUGCCUCAAAGAGCCCAGUCUGCGCGCUAGUUUUCCGGUUCUGUCUUUGUGCGAUUUUGCAGUGCAGAUUGCCGACGGAAUGCAAUAUCUGGAAGCGAAAAGGCUUAUACAUCGAGAUCUCGCUGCUAGAAAUAUUCUCGUGUUUUCCAAGAAUAAAGUCAAGAUAUCGGACUUCGGCUUGUCACGAGCUCUAGGCGUGGGCAAGGAUUAUUAUCAAACAAAUUUCAACGUCAAUCUGAAAUUGCCCAUCGCAUGGUGCGCGCCCGAGUGCAUAUCUUAUCUGAAAUUUACAUCAGCGAGCGACGUUUGGGCGUACGGAGUUACGCUGUGGGAGAUGUUCAGUUACGGCUUUCAGCCGUGGGCAGCAUUGACCGGCCAUCAAAUUCUCGAAGCAAUAGACGAACCCAAUUUUCAGAGACUGGAACAACCCGAGUGCUGUCCGAAGGAUUACUUCUCUCUCAUGCAACAAUGUUGGCAGCACGAACCUUCGAAAAGACCCAAGUUUUCUGAACUGAUCAAUCUGCUGCCCGAUCUGAAGCCGGAACAGGUGCAAGCUGUUCAGGACAACAGCGAACCAGGUCAGCUUGCUUACAGGCAAAGCGACAUAAUCACGGUGCUGGAUAAAGGCGUUAGCAACAGCUUGUGGAAGGGUGUUCUAAAUAACGGUAAAACAGGAUUCUUUAAUCCGGCUCACACGAUUGCGUAUCUUGGCUCCAAUCUGCCUAGCAACAAACCCGGCGAAUUCACGCGGGGAGAUGGUAAAAAUUCUUUCUCGUCGCAGCGUAGAAAGAUUCGCACGGACAUGAUAUCUUCGCCGCAAGGCGAUCUCAAGCACACCGGUCACGUGGGUCUAGAUGGAGCGUACUUCGGUGAUAUUAGUUUUCUUGCUGGAAAGUAUCCACACCUGCCUCAUCAGGUUGUGACGCCGUACAAGCCGCAGGAGGAUGCGACGGAUAAUCCUAGUCAAAUUCCAACUCAAGAUGAGAGAAAUGUCAAUGUGAACAGGGAAUCGAUGAGAAACAGUAGAAAUGUGCAACAAGAGAUUCAGGGCAAACACGAGAGCUUAUGGACUGAUGGAAAUUCGGAUGUGUGCCAUGUGACUACAGGAGGCAAUGCCAACAAGCAAUCUAUGACAUCCAAUAUGGACAAUAGCACCGAUACUCUCGGAGCUGACCACGAAUAUCAUGAAAUCAGUGACGAAGAAAACCAAGACAGUCCAUUGAGAUUUGAUAAGAAUUUUGAUUUUGGCCCGAGUCUUUUAGCUGAAAUGGAUCAGAUGUUUAGAUCACUAGGUUCCUCUCCUCCUCCGCCACCUAGUCACCCAUUACCCACCGAACACGAAUCGAGCAAUGCGAGGAACGAACUGAGGGAAAUUCAAGCAAAACAGUGUAGCAAAAAGAAACAAGCCACCGUGAAGCCUAUCUCAGCUGCUGAUCAGAAAACUCUCUACUCAGCCAUUGCUAUGGCACAGGAAUUGACAGCACGUUCCAUGACAGAUCUUGAACAUCCACCGGAGUCUCCCCGAACACCUGCGAGUCCUUCAAGACGCAGGAAAUUCUCUUUUAAGUUGCCACAUCAACACAGUCCUAAACCAGACAGACGACACUUUUCCGAAGAAGCCGCCAGUAUACCUGACAUACAGUGGUUGUGUUCGAGCUUGCAGUCACUUUCAUCAACGGUAUCUAGCAUAGAAUCCCUUGGCGCGCCGUCGACGCUGAAACUUCCUCUGUGGGACAAAGCGUCCGCAGAGUUUUGCUUUGCAAAAUCGCGGGAGCUAUUGACGAAACCGAACGCCUGGGCCUCGUACAUGGACAUUGAUUUAAACACGCACAUAUUAGAUAACGCGGCGAUGAAGCAGAAUCUGGUGAAAUCCACGGAAUUUUUAGAAAACGGAAAUAGAAAGAGCAAUCUGAAUUGCGAGAGCGCGAGCGCAAAAUUGAACAUACGUUAUCAAAACGGUAAGAUCUUCAAUGUGGAGAACUCGAACUGUGAUUAUACGCACGAGGUAAAGAGGGUGUCGACGAGCUACAUCGAUCGUUACUUCGAGCAGCCCAAGUACUGCGACGAUGAAGCUGUCUUGGGAUGCGCGAACGAGAAAAUAUAUUUCGGAGAAGAGAAAUUGGACGCUUACGAUACGAUUAAUAAUCUGGAACAGCCUAACAGGCUCUCGACGUGUUAUUCAAACGUUCCGGAACAGAGCUCGGCGAUCGGCGGCAGGCCGAAUCAGUUGAUGCAAAGUAAACUGAGCAACUGCGAGCCGUCGCUGAAAGACAACAUCGCGCGGACUGACGAAAACUUGGACAUGUUGAAGGAGAAAUCGGCUAACGCGGAAUCAUCGCCCCGUGCGAAACAACCAAACAAAUUCGACAUAGCGAGAGAUAAGACGAUGAACUUGGAUCUCGGCACGCGAUCCAAAAUUCCCGCUGUCUUUGCCGAAUCCGCGAAAAUGAAUAUCACAGAGUUCACGAAGAAGAUCGACUUAUCGAAGUCCAGACCCGCGAAAAUACCUUUUGUGCCUAGAAAUCCUAAGCCAGACGCGACGAGCACCAUUUACGGCUCGUCCGAUAGCAUUAAGACAAAUAUGAAAACGGGCGGAUCGGACAGUCCGAGAAGUAACAUGGAAACGGUAAGACUGAACAUACAAAGCUUCCGUAAGAUCGAACAAAAUCAGAACGGCCACGAAGGCUUUCCGUUUGUGAUAUCCAACAAUCCCCUGUUCAUUGCCGAAUCGGAGAAGAAGGAGUCUCCUAUAUACAGCAGCUCCGAGAGUUUGCGAGUAAAUUUCCAACGUAUCAGAAGAAAGUCGGACGCCGAGGCCAGUCAGGUAGAAUUAAACAGCAAACUUUUAGCGGAGAAGUAUCAACGUGAGGUUUCCGGUUUGGAGAGUGUUAAGAGCUAUUUGGAUUCCAAAAAGAUCCAGGGCUUGAAUUUAGGGUUGGGCAAACUAACGCAUAAUAUGAUACAACUGGGAAAGAACAUCACGCAGCUGCGAGAAAACUCGAGAAAUUUGGAGACGAACUCGACGAAAUCGCUGGUCUCUAAUAUGAGAAAUCUCGAUUUGUCCAUGCCGUCCCAAGCGUCGCUGCGAAAUCUAAAUAUACCGGUUCAAAAGCCGAAACAUCUGGAUCUGAACAUACCGUUGCAGAAUCAAUCGUCGAUCAACAAAAUGAAUUUGACGCAAAAACCGAAUCCACCGUCGAGUCCGAUCACGCACCAGCAUAUUCUGGAACCGCCCAAGUUUUAUCAAAACGAUCCGGUUAGAAAAGAAUUACCGAAGCUAGACUUGCUCACAGAGAAGCUUCCUGGCGCAAUCAAUAUCUAUCGGCACAGAACGUCGUCUUUAUCGGAGAACAAGAAACCUCCGAUAAAAAAUGUACGUAGAUCUUUUCAUCCUAAGAACGACUCAAGCGAAGAUUCGGAUUCGGUUUCGCACUCGGAAACGGACAUUAGAAGCCGUUUGCGUUACAAACGCAGACACAAGAGAAUCCCGCACAAUCUCCGUUUAAAUUUCAAAAACAAGACGUCAUUUCUGCAUCCGGAUUCCGCCAAGGGAUUUUCCAAUAUCGAACUGUGCGGGAAAUCGCCGCCGCCGUCGACGAGCUUUUUGAAUUCCUUGUCGCCGCCGUUCUCAUCAAAAAACAAUUUACUUUCCUGGCCGGAGAGCGCGCCGAGCUCAAGCCUGACGUUCACCAGCAAUUCCGAUCUCGAUUCGGACACGAGCUCCGAAUAUCCGGAAUUCACGAACGACGCCACCCUGUCGGACGAAGCUAAGGAAGUGUAUAACAGCUUGGUGGAAACACCGACGAUGGAGAGCACCGGAGACACGAAUCCGUUGCGUAUGUUGCGCUCCGGUCUACCCGUGGUGAGGCCAAGAAUUCGCGGCAACAAGCACGCCACUCUGGGUCAUCCGACACCGUCGUUGCAGUCGGAGGACGCGGCGUCCGGCGCGUGCGACCACAAUCCGCAAUUCGAGAUGCACCACAGCGGCGCGAGGACCUUGCCCAAGAUUCGGGCGCCACCCCCGCCAUACGCGACCUCCUCGUCUCUACCGCAAUCGCGCGCCCUCGAGAAGCAUCACUCCUCCUCCAUGGAAAUUGAGAACAAUCAGAAUCAGAACAACAUAGAUGAAAAUCCGAUACCGCUACCGCCCAGAGAUCGGUCCAAGACGCUUCAACCCAAAUCCAGCUUACCGCGACAUCAGAGAAAACAUCCCCUCAUCAUUCCCGGAGGCGGAGUCAGUAGAACGUUGGCCAAGAUGGCGGUAACCGCGUCAUCACCCGGGGGAGGCGAUGAGGUGGACGGGCAUUUCACCGUGCAGAGUGUCGGUUCACCGAUUCCCGGGUCAACGUCGCAGGAUAAUUAUUCUCCAGAAGUUUCUACCAACAGCCCAGAGGAAUUUGAACAACGCAUCGAUUCCGAGCUAGCCGCACUGGAUUCUUUGCCCAUCGAUGAGAACCGAUUUCGACGAUGCAGCGUAAUCUCGGAAGAUUUGCUGGAAUUUUCGGACGUAGGUAAUUACGAUGGGACGUCAGAUUUGUUGCAAAAUGUUUCAGAAUCAGCGAUCGGUGACAAGCAGUCGGCCAGUUCGACCGAUAAUUUGUCACGUGGUCAAGUUAACAAUUCGAAAGGUUCUGUGAAAAGUUGCGCGUUCAAAACGCAGGAGAAUGUAGAAUCUGAUCCGAUCCGAAAUCCGUCAUCGACUAGUUCCGCUCGAUCGGAAGACCGGAACAAGACCGAUUCUUUGACUGUCAAAGCGCCUCAAGGAUCAGCCGCGCAUCAACCGAAUCUUCUCAGCUACACGUCGCAAACGGAUCACGCGCAUAUAGAAGGGGUCUCUUACAAGCCCGAGAUUGCUCAGUGCGAGGAAUCGUUGGUGCACAUCGGUACGGACAACGACUUCCAUUCGGCCGUUCUUCCAAAAACCUAUCUUUCGUCCAAUGAAAAGACACAUCGCACCAGCGAUUUAUCGCGGCAGUCGGAUCACGUUUCUUGCGAGGAUCUGUUGGAGUUCGCCUGCGACGGGCCGAACACGCGAAGAACACGCGGGCCCAGCAACGGGGAACAGUCCGACGAAGUGCGAAUCAUGCUCAAAGUAUUGCACGAACAGUCGUCGCCGGAGUCUUGCGUCGCUGCGUUAAACGUCACCGACUGGGACGUUCUGGCGGCGAUUAAAUUAGAACGACUUCAGGGAUUGCUGAAAAAGGAAAACAGUUUCGUCGGUCUUGAAGAUUGUAAAGUGAUGUUGGAUCAGUGCGGUGGUGACGUCGUCAAGGCGGCCGCGCUGCUGCGAAACACUGAAGAUACUGCCGCGGUGUAAUGUGAUUUCAAUUGAUUGAAUUAUUACGUGAAACGAUGAUAUUCGUAUGAUAACGAUUACGCGUGAGUACUGAUAAAAAAGCGUUGCUAAAGUUUCAUUUUCAAGAUAUCUCUAUAUUGAGGAGUUCUAGUUCUUUUAUCGAGGAUGAGAGAUUUGGAUCGGUUGGAGCAAGUUUUCUAAUAACAUUUGUACGAGAAAUCAUCGUUUCACAAAAUGAAUUUAGUUGAAACAUGCUUAGGCCGGUAUUCAUAAAUAUUUUAAGUUUGUCCUCUGAUGAUGUUUGUCCUAUGAGCUGUUUUUAUUAGAUCUGAUGGUAAACUUGAAAAAUGAUCUUAAUUAUCAAAUUCCAACUGUGAAUUAUCGGCCUUUGAGUUUUUGUUUUUGAAUUGAUCGAAUAUUCGGUGAACAAAAAAGAGAAGAAGAAUGCAAACGCAAGCUUGAAGAUUGAGUGAAAGAAGUAAAUGCCAAAUUAGAAUUAUAUAUACUAUACAGUGUUUUUUAUAUGCUUCCGUAACAAUAACUGAAGUCCGUUCGAAUGUUUUCAAGGGCUUUUCGUAUAUUUGUAAAAACUAUGAGUGAAUUAUAGAGUUUUUAUUUAUUAUUUUUUAAUGUUAAAGUAAAAAAACUUAGUAGCGUUUGAUACAUGCUUUAUAUUAUUUAGCAUAAGACUUGCAAGAUAUAACGUCGAUGAGUAUAAACUUGUAUCGUAUGCCUUUGAAAGAUCGACAAGUUUGUAUACCUCUACCAGGCUUCUUGUUAAACUUGACUUGGAGCCAAUCUGUCGAUUGUAUUUUUUUUACACGUGAAUAUAAAAUGUGAUAAUUUGCACAAUAAGGAUAAAAAAAAAAAAAAAAAAGAAAUCUGUAAUUAAAUGGACAAGCGCAUACGAUGUAUCUCUUGCGUUUUCUAUUUUAACGAAGAACGUGUUUUAUAUACAAAAACAACAGGACAAGAGAAACGCAAAAUGUUUCACAGAUCUGAAUAUAACAAAAAUCUAUGUACGUCUAUAAAAUCUUUAUUAUGAUUUACGAUGUAAAAUUUAUUCUUACGCGUCUCUCUAUCUCGUUCCAAAAUGCAUGUUGGAAAGUUUAAUACGCAAUUAAGUAUUGUAUAUCGAAAGACAAUCCAUUUUAUAAAUAUACAUUCGGAACCACUGCUCAAACAAUGUCUUUAUACAGUAAAGCAACAUAUAGCGUUAAGAUAAAUUAACUUUUACAGAGUCCGGGCGGUUUUUUUAGAGACUUUUAUCGUUUUUUUUAAUUAAAAAUUUUCGCAUACGUCAAAGAGUAGAAUGGUAAAACAAAAAACAUGACACACCCGCCGCGUCAUUUAUAGUGGCUUAACUGUUAACCACAAAGAUUAACAGUUGUCUGUAGAUUAUUGAAUUGCUACAUCUGACUUGUAAUUUUAGUAACAAAUAGCACUAAAUUCGAAUGAUUCAUUUAUGUUAUUUGUUCAUGAUCACUCUUUUAAUUUUUACGAAUAAUACUACAAAAAGUAACAGAAUCAAAAUCUUGGAUAUAAAUAUACGUAUAUAAAUAUAUACUUUUUUCUUGUAAAAGGACAGAAGAUAUUUUCUACGUAAACUAAGAUGAUAGAUUUACGAAUGAGCACCAAAUAUUUCGUAAAUUCUGUGUUCAGUAAGAUUACUUUUUGCAGUUCAAAUUACAUAUUUUUUAUUGCGCGUAUCCCACAUCUCUACCGCAUGUUUAAAUGUAGCGAUCUGAAUUUUGUGUGUAUGUGUGUGUGUGUGAUAUAUCAACUGUAUUUAAUGAUUUUUUUUUUUUUUUUUUGUUAAACAUGACAGUCACAAGACAGUCGAAAAACUCGGAAAUCAGCCUUACAUGUGCAAUGACCUUACAAAGCGAUAUUUAAGUUUGUAUACGACACGUGAAACGAGAUGUGAUUGGAAAAAAAUGAACACAUUGGCUUUAAAUGAGCUUUUGAAAGAUAAUGACAACAGCAAGAUAAUUUCUCGAAAGAAAUAGCGCGUAUUCUUAUUUAUUAAGCUUAAUGUUCUUAGAGAGCAUGCGCGACAUUCGUGUGUACAGAAAUAAAAUACAAGGUGUGACUGAUUGUUUAGUAAAAAACGGCUUUAAAUCGCUUGUUUGUAGUCCGAUAUAGUUCCUGUGUUAGAUUUAUAUUAUACUGCUAUAUAGUAGUCUAUAUUGGGUUAGUUGACGGAGGCACAAAUGGGACAAAAUUCAAUUUUAUAUAAUUAGGGAAGGGGAAAUCAUGUCUCUUAUACGCGAUAUUAUCGUCUACAUAAGAUUUUAUUUAGCAUGCAUGUGCACGUGCGCGUGUGUGCGCGCGUGUAUGUAUACUAUACCUAUAUGUAUAAAAUAUGUAUAAUGUAUCCUCUAUUAUAAGCAAGUAAUAUGUUUUUAUAUAACAUGUUUACGUAGACAGGGUGUUCAUUAUUAUUGUUAUCGUAAUGUUUUUCUCAUACUUUGACAGAUUUAUAAAGAGAGACAGAAAAAAGCAAAACGGUUAUAAUAUAAAAUACAAUAUAAGUAAUACGCGCGAGAGAAAGAUUUAUAAUAUACAUAGGUAUGUAUCUCUCUCUCUCUCUCUCACAAUGUACAAAAGUUCAAUUAUGAAUUACGAUAAUUUUUUGCUAUACUUCUUGAAACUAAUUUUAACGAAAAAAAAACGUAACGUUAUUACAUUUUUAUGUUGAUAUAGUUGUCAGUUUGAAAACCAGUGUGUUUUGUUUUCUUGCAUGUCGUGCCGUAUUUUAAAAAUUUGAAAUACAACGCCAAAAACUCGGAAAAAGAACCAAUUCAACAUCACGAAAAAGAGAUUACAUUUAAAAAAUAAAUUAUUGCGAUAUUUAAUUUUUCAAAACAAAUAAAGAUAUUUUUUUUAUUUUAAACGUGUACUUUUACAUACGAUAAUCGUGUUAAUUGAGAGAGUUAUUAGCGAACACAAAGCUCUCUUCAUCGCGCACAUUCAACGCGAGAAAACGUGCUAUACGAUAUUAAUCCUAAUCCUGUAAUGUUUUUUUUUUCUUAGUACGUAUCUUUUCUUAGGUACAUAAACUUUCGACAUUUGUGUCUGACUAAUAUUAGUUUUGAUAACUUUUUAUCUUUUAUGAAUUCUUAACUAAAAAUAGUUAGCCCUUUGCCUGUAGACUGGGUCUGAUGUCUACGUACGAAAAAGGGUUAAUAAGGAUUUUCUCAUUUUCAAAAAUCAGACAUUAAUGUUGCGAAGUUUACAGUAUUAGGGUUAAUAAAAAUCACGAAGAAGGAGAAGAAGAUUGAAAAUGAAGUCCUGUCCUUUGAUGAGCAUGUUUUUAUUCCUGUUGUUCAACGAAACCAAAUAGGAAUCGACGAAACACCCGCCUAAAUAACUCUACAUUCGACUUCAUCGUUAAGCUUCCCUCGUUGCGGUCGUAUUGGAUUGUGACAUCAGAGGCGAGAAAUUAUGUGAAUUUGUCACUUCGCAUGAUUGUAUUUUGCAUGUCGCUUCUUUUCGGUUUCGGAUGUGUGAACGGCAUCACAAAAAGCCAUUUCACAAAUAAGUUUGUGUAAGUGAAAGUAUGUUACUGAAAAAAAUCAUAUAAUUUCUCGCUUCUUACAUCCCCGCUAAUUCGGUCGGAAUAAUCAAUGUACUUACACGCGCGCCCAACGAUCGAGAAACAGUAGUUUUUACGGGAUUAGUAGAUUUACUGUCUAUCGUUUAUACGAAAUCUCACGGGCUAUUUGAUAAGACAUGUACAAGAUUAAUGAGAAUAUCAAACAAAAGAAAGGGAGGAAGUAUACACGGAUAAUAUAUACUAAGAUAGUAAUGAAGUAACAAUAAUAAUAAUUAAAGAGUAGGGUGAUGCCUUACUUGAUUUGUGCGGAAAUCGAAUGCGAGACGUGUGUAUGUGUUGCGUGCGUGCGUGCGUGUGUGUGUAUGCGCGUGUGUGCGCGCGCGAGUGCGUCACACGCAUAAACGGUCCCAGGUAAUUUUUAUAUAACAUAUGUUGAAUUUUGACCAUAUCAAUAAAGUAAAUUUUGUACGAAUUUGUCGAGUUGCGCGCUAAAACGUUUUUGUGCGCAACAAACGAAUAUCGCACAUUUGUGUAGAUUUGAUUGUUGAAACCGAGCAAGUGUCCAUCACGUACAUAUUUUUUAAAGGUACAAUACAAGGCAAUAAAGAUAGGUUAUUUCGUAGUUAAAAUGUUGUCUUAAAUGCGACUUUACUGGAAAGUGUUUGUCUUUGCAAAACUAGAAAGUCACAUUUGAAGAAACACAUUUGCUCUCAGAUUCACAACAAGUAUUAGUCCUCACGUAAUAUCGAGAUUGUGCGUUAAACAAAAAUAGUGGUUUUAUAGAGAAAAAUAUUUUUUGUUUCUUUUUUUUUUUUUGUUUUUAUGCAUCUGUCAAAAUUCAACGUACAUAUUAGAAAAACGAUUAGUCGCCAAACACGCGCACUUUGGAAAGCAAACGUGUAUAUGUCUAAACCUCCCCCCGUUCGACUAAAAAAAACCAAUUGUAUCGUGUAAUACCAUUUUGAUAUGUGACCUUUAUACAAGGCGUAAAACAACACGUUUUUGUACGUUUCUAUGUAUUAUUACGCGCGAAACCACACAAAAAAUGUUUUUAUAUUUGCUGUAUUUACGAUAAUAUAUACACACAUAUAUAUAUACACAUUAA